AUGAAAAGAUUCAUAUCUAUCUAUCUAUCUAUCUAUCUAUCUAUCUAUCUAUCUAUCUAUCUAUCUAUCCACCAGAGUGGGUGUAUGAACAUUGAAAGGAAAAACUGGAAAUCGGAUAAUAUUGCAGCUCGAUAUCAUUUUCACUCUUUUUCUUAUUUUUCUUCUCUCUCUCUAUCUCUCACCCCUCCCUCCCCCCUCUCCCCCUCUCUCUCGCAAUGCACUCGACUACCUGAAUUAAUUCGGUCCAUCGCUUCAUUCUUCUUCCUAAAUAUUUUUCAUUCUUACAAUACGUACGAUCCUUUUCAAUUAAUCUCUGUUUCUCUCUCCCCUCUUCUUUAUCGCUCUCCUUUCUCCUUUCUUCUUUCUUUCUUUCUUUUCUUUCUUUCUUUCUUUCUUUCUUUCUUUCUUUCUUUCUUUCUUUUUCUUUAUUUUUCUCUCCCUCUCUCGAACAUCAACAUUUUUCCAUCAUAUGUACCGUAG